CCGCCGCUCGACAUAGGUCCCCUUGAAUAGCCGCUCCGAUCAUUUUGUGUUUCGUACGCAGAUACGGAACAGUGACGUGCUGUAGUAUUUAACAUUAUAAUAGCGUCAAGCAUAGGACUGUCGAACCCCGCGUCGUGUGGCGUCUUCAAUUGAGCUGAAAUUGGACACCGCCAAUGUCUCAGAGUCCGUGUCCUCCUCCUCCAAAGCUGCGCCGCGGAGUGAUAUUUUUGUGGAACCGACAAUGUGGAGGUUGUUAAAAUGUCUACUUGGGAAAUGAAAAGGUUACAGUUUCUAUAACGCGGUAAGGAACCCGGGCGACUCGAGAGUUAUGGUGCAUGUCGGAGACGUGAUUUUACUGUCGUGACCAAGACGAGAAGGAGCCGAGGCGGCGGAGGAGUGGGCUCAUUGCGCCUUUCCACAUCCACAUCAAGCCCACAGUCCGGAGGACCACGGGGGGAAGAAGGAUCCUUUCCCUAACUUUGUUUUUCCUCUCUCUCCACUACUGCUGUUGAUUUUCUUCCCGUUGGAUGCCACAUUACUGAGUCCAGUCGCUUGCUGAGACUGAAAGGACCAAGUGAACAGCAGUAGAGAAUGGCUGCAGUGGAAACAGACAAGGAGCUCAACGACUUGCUGGAUUUUAGCGCGAUGUUUGAACUUCCAGUUUCAAAUGGCAAGAACCGGCCGACUACUCUUGCCAGCAGUCAGUUUGGAGGUUCAGGUAUAGACGAGAGGAGUGGGUCCAGUUCCUGGGGACCCGGAGAACAGAACGGUCCAUCUUUCAACCAGGGAAGGGGUUAUGGGGAAGAAGGCCUUUACAAUGAACAAGAGAGUAUGGCAUCUGCCCCCAUGUUUGGACCAGGGAUUGUCGGAAAGGCUGAGCGAGGACCAUACUCGUCAUUUCCAGCACAGCCUGGCUUUAUGCCUAGUCCUGAUCCCCUCUCCCCAGCUGGCCUGAAGUCUAACUCCCAGUUUUAUUCCCCCUAUGAGGCGACUAACACUCGCAGGAGACCCUCACAGGACCCCAUUGAGUCACAGCCAAAAAAGAUCAGGAAGGUGCCUCCUGGCCUGCCCUCCUCAGUUUAUCCACCAGCAGAGGAUUUUAACAGGGACAAUGCAGGCUACCCAGCCUCCAAGUCAGGAAACCUCUACCCAACAUCUUUCUACAUGCAAGAAGGCCUCCACCCACCCUCCGAUCCAUGGAGCUCUGCCGGGCCAAUGGUUCAGCCUGGUUUUUCUGCCAUGCUUGGUAACCCCCCCCAUCUGAGCCAACAUGGUCCCUUCACUGCCAUUAACCCUCAAGACAGACUGAAACGGCACCCACUGCCUCUGUCUCCACAAAACUACCCUCUGCAUGGCAGUGAGGUAAAUGGAGCUCAUCCCGCUGGCUUCCACUCUGGCUCCAGCAGCUUCGGUGUUUCCAGCCAUACACCACCUAUCGCUGGAACUGACACCACUAUGGGCAAUCGUGGAUCAGCUCCUGGGAGUUCAGGUGAUGAGAUUGGAAAGGCCCUGGCAUCUAUCUAUCCGUCAGACUUGAGCAGUAACAACUUCCCGCCAUCCCCAGCAUCUCCCUCUGGUUCACCUCAGGCUGUAUCAGGCUCAGCAUUGCACUGGGCUCGAUCCUCUGGCCAGGCCACACCUUCCCCUAACUUUGAUGGAAUUCAGUCCAUGGCGAAUAAAUUAGAGGACCGUCUGGAUGAAGCCAUCAAUGUUCUUCAGCGUCAUGCCAGUGGGCAAGGCGGUUCAGGUUUGGCUGAAAUGCACAGUCGACUUGUGUCUGGUUUGGGACUGCCUCCAGGUUUCGCCAGUGCCUCACUUGGACUCGCUAGUCACCUUACUAGUCUGGUCUCAAGUCACCAUGAGGACUCUGUUGGUCUGCCCUCUAGUGGAGGACUUUUGCAUAGUCACCACAGCCCCACAACUGUCAAGCAAGGCUCACAGCCUGAAGGCUUUACUGGCCUGUCCGGCAGUCUGAGUCGUUCCUCUAGUACAGACGUCAAACAAGAGAAAGAGGAGGAUGAGAACUGCUCUGUCGGUGACAAGUCGGAGGAUGAGAAAAAAGAAUCGAAGACCCAUCUUAAAACAAGCUGCAGCAUUGUCUCUGUGACUGAUGAAAACCUGACUGCUGAGGAGAAGGAGCAGAGGGAGCGUGAGCGCCGCCUAGCUAACAACGCUAGGGAGAGGGUGCGUGUUCGCGACAUUAAUGAAGCCUUCAGAGAGCUGGGCAGGAUGUGUCAGGUCCAUCUACAGAGCGACAAGGCCCAGACAAAGCUUGUUAUCCUGCAACAGGCUGUUCAGGUCAUCCUGGGCCUGGAGAAGCAGGUGCGAGAGCGUAACUUGAAUCCAAAGGCUGCCUGCCUUAAAAGGAGAGAAGAGGAGAAAGUUUCGAGUGUGGAGUCCCAAAUGCAGCUUGGUGGGGGUCAUCCUGGUUUAGGAGGAGAUGGACACAACCCUGUUAACCAUAUGUAAUUCUCAGUUCCUGUUGAUUGUACAGCCCCUUGAACACGUGGCCUUAAUCUAUCAUCAUGCAUCUCAGUGUGUGUUAAUCAGCUUUUGGAAAGAUAGACACACAAACACUCAUGAUUACUGACAAAGCAGGUGGCCACAUUCCUGACGAAGAAGCACACUCUCACAGAAAGAGAAAAACAUUUAUUACUCUUUAUGCGACUUAACUUUCAACCAAGGACACUGGAUUGGAGACAGUGAAAAUUUGACAUAGACAUUUUUGUCAUGGUGUUUUUUUGUAAGACAUUUUCAAAAUAAGAAUGCUUAACAUAUUGGGAGCAAAAAUAGUUUGGAUCAAAUAAAAUGUCUGGAUCAAUUGCUCAUGUGAGCAAGAGUCAGGAUUUGUAUGUUUGGAUAAUCAUUGGCAUUCCCAUCUGAAAAGAAGGUCUUACAUUCUACAGAUGCAAAGAUGGACACUCGAGUUUGUUACGCCUGAACAAAUACCUGAUUGAUGCACAGUGUUUGGUUAAAAAAUAGUCAUCAUUGCUAUCUCCAAUGUGAUGACUGAAUUACAAAGGUAGGUCUGUAAACAGAGACAGGAUCAAGCCACUGACUGGGCAAAGUGAGAGGUGACUCCUCUCUUUUAUAUGCUGGUAAUUCUGGCUGUAUUUUUAUUUUAUUUUGUAUUUCUUGUUUUAGCUGAAAAGGCGCCUCAGUCACUCACAUAUGUUGGGAAAUUUGCUUUUGUUUCUUUUUAACUGUGGAUCCCUGGUCCUUAUCUCUUUACACCCUGUACAUGUGUUAUCGUCACUACCGUGCAAGUGGAAUGGAAAGACUGCGGGAAGAGGCCCACCACUGACACAAACGCAAGCACAGACUUUUCAGAAAAAGGAUCCCUGGUGAUGGUGAAGUAUAUGUGCACAUGGACACACCACCCUUCCCUCUGUGAGGCUGCUGUUGGACCUGAGCGUCCAAGUGUCAGCCUCACAUCUUUAAUCACCAUCAAGUCAGUCGCUCUGCCCAAGUGUCAGCCCUGUGAACCUGUCCACGUCCAGUCAAAUACAAAGACACUGUUGCUGCAUGGUGAACUUACUCCAACUAUGUCUCAGAGCAAUUUCUCUUGUGGUAAAGAAAGAAAAAAAAAACAUUUUGCUAGAAAACAGAAAUAACUGAGCAGUGAAGAGGUCAUGAGUGUUACUGCUACCUUUGCCAUUGACUGACUUCUGGUUGUUGCUCCUUGUUGAGCCUUUAAGAUUUAUUUUUUUCCCCUUUUGAACAAUUGCAAACCCUGAUGUAAGGAUCUUCCUUUUGUAGAACUGAUUUAAAGUUUCUGUUUGUUUGUUUUUUUUAUUUGUAAGAUAGAUGUUAGUUUUUGUUUUUAACUUUUGGAAUGCUAUUUCUUUUUUGUUUACAUUGAUUAAAAAUGUAAGAGAAAUCUCAGUUUAGAUUCCAGGAACAAAGUUGGGCGUUUUCUUUUGUGCCAGGCACUUAGAAAUGUUAGAAAUGACAAAAUGGCUGUAACAUCACACGUUGUGAUAAUGCUUUUUUAUUAUUUUUUUCGUGUGUGAACACAAACCUGUCAGGACAGUUGUGAUUGAAUUGCUCUGGCGUUUUGCGGCAGUUUUUCUUUAAAUGAAACACAACAAUUUUCUCUUCAGCACCCCCCCCCCAACCCCUGUUUCCUCUGUGGUGUUUGCUCUGUGUUGAGCUUGUUGAUUUGUAUGAAGAGGGGGCAGAAGGGGUGGUCUGUACAAUCUGCAACAUGAUUCACUGUUCUCAUUGUGAUAUGACGCAUGAAAAAAAAGGGUCAUUUUCCUGACUGUGGGAGCUUUGAUAAUGGUUACUCACCAGUGCCUGAAUUAUUCUCUGCUACAUGGUGGAUGAUGUUGCAAUUAUGGACUUAUAAGUUGUACUUUUUUUAUAAUACAGCAUUAUAUAAAAGCAUAUAUACUUCAGUAACAUAUGACAGUGUCUCUCAGAACGUCUAACUGAAGAAUUGCACUGGCGCUCAACGCUUCAGUGUCUGUGUGUCAUCAGACGUUAGUUGACUAACAGCCUGUUCAACUUUUUGACACUGAAAACUGUACUUAAAAUUCUUCAUCUUUUAUGUACUGAUUUUGUUGAAUAUAUUUUUGUCCUUGAGUGGCAUGUGCAUUGAUAUGUAUGUACAGCUGUAUGAUGUUUCCCCAUUAGCUUAACCAUUGUAAGCUGAUACUGAUUUGUGACAGUAUUUGUCUGUUAUUUCCUCACAAAUCUUGCCCCAUGGACUAGCCCCAAACUUUGUUUUCCUUUGUCAGAUAGCCUUUCUUCGGUAAAAUGUGAUGUUGGUGUGAUUUGGAAAAUCAGUACUGGAGACCUGUACAUUUAUAUCUUACCAUGAUAGAUGUGUAUGUCUACAGUAUCAAAAGAUGCACCUGACAUUUUUUUCUGUUAAAAUACCUUUUUUUGUUCUCCACAACAGAUGACCUGCAACAUAUCUGUCUUCACUCAUGUUUGGGGACAACAUGUCCUCAAAGUGCCUCCAGUUUCCUAUUUUUUUAUAUAUAAAGUAGAUACUGAGGACUGUUGUGUCUAUAACAGUAAUGUAGCAAUAAAUGUGCCAUUUUUAACAACAAA